AUGAAGAACAUCCCACAGGAAUACCGGAAAUACGACAAACUCUUCAAGGAAGAACUCGAGACAGGGUUACCCGAACACAGUCAAUGGGACCACGAAAUUUGUCUCAAAGAUGGAAGAACGCCGACGUUCCAUAAGAUUUACAACCUAAACGAAAAGCAACUGCAAACGCUACGCGACUACCUCGACGAGAAUCUACGAAAGGGAUACAUACGAACAUCAACAUCCGAAGCAGGCUACCCAGUCAUGUUUGUUCCAAAGAAAACGGACCGAACACCAUUACCGCUUAUAUCGGAACUACGAGAUCGACUGCACGGCAAAAAAUGGGGACACGAAUGGAUGACAGCUUUCAGAACGAAAUUCGGACUAUUCGAAUAUCUGGUAAUGCCAUUUGGACUCACAAAUGCACCAGCUACCUUCAACGGAUGA